AUGAGCAGUACUACCUGGCGCAGUGUCUUUUCGUACAACAAGUACACCCAGAUCGCCGCUCGGGCUCUCCGCCAGUCGCUGAAGGAGGAGGAGCGUGUCGCUGCGGAGAAGAGGGGGCUCACAAUUUUGCGGUACCAGCAAUGGGAGAACGGCCAGGGUGGCAAGCAGGUGUUCUUGCACGAACCAGAGGAAACCACACCGCCUAAGAGUGCAGCAGUAUAA